UCGUGUCACGCUCCAAAGUGAUGCAAUGGAGCAAUGCGCUGCGCCUUUAAGGGGGCUUCGCUGCUGCACAUGCUCAGCUCUUCUUUGUGUGGUAGUUUCUCGGCACGACUCCCCUGCAAAGCUGUAGGGGAGGCUGAAGCAGCUACGGCAGCAGCAGCAGGAGGGGAAACAGAUACAACAACACGGCGUUGCAAUCCUUUCUGCUGCCUCCAAAAGGCGGCGGGGUGACGCUCCUGCCUUUCCUGAGGCUUCCUUCUGGGGCGGCUGGGACAGGAACUUUCGGAGAGGGCCGGGGGGGGGGAGGAGAGAGGGAGGGAAUCCGCCGCCAGCAGAAGCCUCUGCGCCUCCUCUUCCCCUUCACUUCCAGCUGGGAACGGGGCUCGGAGCUCCCCAAACCCUUUCUCGGCGCAGUUGCUUCAGCAACGAGUGGCCUGAAGCGGCGGGGACGGAGCCGCGGGGAAUUCCUGCUUUCUCCCGCGCAGGCUGAGGCGGGGCCUGGCAGUCCAGAGAGAGGGACGGCUCUCCACAGACCCGGCGGAGCGGGAGCAGGGGGGGGGUAGGUGGAAGAGAAGGGAUUCAGCCCCAGCGAGCCGCCCGCCUCGGAAAAAGCAGAUUACCAAUUAGCCUUUUAAAAAUGGCUGCUUCCAAACUGUCAGCUGGGACAGGAGGAGAGGGCUUUUAACUAAGCGCGCGCGCGCCCCUCGCCCCAUCUCGGCGGGGACGGGUGAGGAACUCGGGCCCACUUGGGGCGGGAGGCUCUGAGGGCAUCCUGAGGGCGCUUCUCUCAGCCGCCCGCCUGUGGGAGGAAGAAGCAUCCCUUCCACCGCCGUCCUUGCCCGGCUGUUGCUGCUUAAAGAGGGCGAGCUACAAAGGAGUCUGAGAAAGGGGGUGGGUGCGGAGAGAGGGAGAUAUAUAUAUAUAUUGGGGGCGGCCGGCCGGCGGUGGAAGAGCAGCAGCAGCGUUACCCUGGGUGGGUUGAACGGGGACAUGUCGUGAGGGGUAGGAACAAGGUCAGGAAGGAGUCCAUGGAAGACGGAGGCAAUGAGCCCUGAGGACGACGAGGAAGAAGAGGCGGGAAGGUUGUUGCUGCUGCUGGUGGCGUCGUUUCACCUGAGGGAUAAACGGGAGGUGCUGUGAGGAGCCUGUGGACAGACGGAGAGGGAAGCAGGGCUUGGCAGUCUCCCCUAUUUUGCACUAUAGACCGAAUUAACCAGUUCUCUUCAGUACACAUUUUCCCCAUCGGUCUCUUGUGCUUUUUUUUUUUUUUUUUUUGAGGAGGGGGCGCGCAGUCUCUGCUCCUCCUCAUCCCUGCGUUCAACUCGCUCUCUCCCUGACCUGGGUGAUGUUCCUGGAUCGGCGGGGCUUGUUUUCCCCGUCGUCAGACCUGCACAAGGAACUGGGUUAAUCUCGCUUCCCGGCCCGCCCUCCUCCCUCUGCGCACCCGGUCCCGGCUCUUGCGGAUGUGCUCUGUGGCAAAGAUGCUGGAUCCUUUGGGGAAAGUCCUGCGCAGGAUAGGAGGCCCUCCUGUGAUCUCUGGUGCCUGGAGACCUUUUUCUUGCUCCUCCUGCUGCUUCGCCACCCUUCUGGAUAUGCACAAUUGGCUGCUUUUCUAUGGAUUACUGUACCUGGUGCUGUAUGCCCAAGUCUCCCAGUCGAAGCCUUGCGAGAGGACCUCCUGCUUCUCAGGCCGAUGUCUGAAUUCUACCUGCAUCUGUGACCAAGGCUGGGUAGGAGACCAGUGCCAGCACUGCCAAGGCAGGUUCAAGUUAACUGAACCUUCUGGAUAUUUAACAGAUGGACCAAUAAAUUAUAAAUACAAAACUAAAUGUACAUGGUUAAUUGAAGGAUAUCCUAAUUCAGUUUUAAGACUAAGAUUUAAUCAUUUUGCCACAGAAUGUAGUUGGGACCAUAUGUAUGUUUAUGAUGGAGAUUCAAUAUAUGCACCUUUAAUAGCAGUAUUUAGUGGUCUUAUAGUUCCUGAAGUACGUGGAAAUGAAACUGUACCUGAAGUUGUUACUACAUCAGGAUAUGCAUUGCUACACUUUUUUAGUGAUGCUGCUUAUAAUCUAACAGGAUUUAAUAUUUUUUACUCAAUAAAUUCAUGUCCCAAUAAUUGCUCAGGGAAUGGAAAGUGUACAACUAGUAGCUCCAUUCCAAGCCAGGUGUAUUGUGAAUGUGACAAAUACUGGAAGGGAGAAUCCUGUGAUAUUCCUUACUGUAAAGCUAAUUGUGGAAGUCCGGAUCAUGGCUACUGUGAUUUGACUGGAGAGAAACUCUGUGUGUGCAAUGACAGCUGGCAAGGUCCUGAUUGUUCUUUGAAUGUUCCUUCAAUGGAGUCAUACUGGAUUCUACCAAAUGUGAAGCCAUUUAGUCCAUCUGUAAGCCGGGCUUCACAUAAAGCAGUUCUACAUGGAAAGUUUAUGUGGGUGAUUGGGGGAUAUGCAUUUAACUACAGCACAUUCCAAAUGGUAUUAAAUUAUAAUUUGGAAAGCAGCAUCUGGAAUGUAGUACCGGUAUCGCAAGGACCUCUUCAGAGAUAUGGACACACCAUUGCUUUAUAUCAGGAUGACAUUUACAUGUAUGGAGGCAAAAUUGAAACAAAUACUGGGAAUGUCACUGAUGAACUAUGGAUUUUCAACAUACCCAGUCAGACGUGGAGUACCAGAAUUCCAGCAGUACUUGUUCAUGGCCAGCAAUAUGCAGUCGAGGGUCAUUCUGCACACAUAGUGGAGCUGGAUAGCAGGGAUGUUGUCAUGGUCGUGAUUUUUGGUUACUCUGUAAUAUAUGGUUACACGAGCAGUGUGCAAGAGUACUAUAUCAGGUCAAAUUCUUGGCUUGUUCCUGAAACAAAAGGUGCAAUUGUACAAGGUGGAUAUGGCCAUACCAGUGUCUAUGAUGAUACAACAAAAUCGGUUUAUGUUCAUGGUGGAUACAAAGCUUUGCCUGGUAAUAAAUAUGGAUUGGUUGACGAUCUUUACAGAUACAAAGUAAACAGCAGGACGUGGACAAUUCUGAAAGAGAGUGGUUUUGCAAGAUAUCUCCAUUCAGCUGUCUUGAUCAGUGGAGCUAUGUUAAUUUUUGGUGGAAACACCCAUAAUGAUACUUCAUUAAGUAAUGGAGCAAAAUGCUUUUCUGCUGAUUUCCUCGCCUAUGACAUAGCUUGUGAUGAAUGGAAAAUUCUUCCAAAACCUAAUCUUCAUCGUGAUGUGAACAGAUUUGGUCACUCUGCAGUUGUCAGCAAUGGGUCCAUGUAUAUAUUUGGAGGUUUUUCAAGCGUUCUGUUAAAUGACAUCCUUGUGUACAAACCUCCCAACUGUGAAGCAUUCAGAGAUGAAGAGCUUUGUAAAACUGCUGGGCCAGGGUUAAGAUGCUUAUGGAACAAAAACCGCUGUGUGUCGUGGGAAUCUGGUCAUGCGAACAACAUUUUUAGGGCAAAGUGUCCCAGAAAAACAGCUGCGGCAGAUGACAGAUGUUACAGAUAUGCAGACUGUGCCAGCUGUACUGCCAAUACAAAUGGCUGUCAAUGGUGUGAUGAUAAGAAGUGCAUUUCUGCAAACAGUAACUGCAGUGUGUCUGUGAAAAACUACACCAAAUGUCAUGUAAGAAAUGAACAGAUCUGUAAUAAGCUGACAAGCUGUAAAAGUUGUUCACUAAACCUCAACUGCCAGUGGGACCAGCGACAGCAAGAAUGCCAAGCAUUACCAGCUCAUCUGUGUGGAGAAGGAUGGAAUCACGUUGGAGAUGCCUGCCUUCGUAUAAACUCUAGUCGUGAAAAUUAUGACAAUGCGAGACUUUACUGCUAUGGCUUACAUGGCAUCCUUGCUUCAUUAACAACCUCAAAAGAAGUUGAGUUCGUUUUGGAUGAAAUACAGAAAUAUACCCUCCAGAAAAUAUCACCCUGGGUUGGCCUACGGAAGAUCAACAUCUCCUAUUGGGGAUGGGAUGAUAUGUCUCCCUUUACGAACACAACAUUGCAGUGGCUUCCUGGAGAACCAAAUGACUCUGGAUUCUGUGCCUAUCUUGAAAGGGCAGAGGUUGCUGGUCUGAAAGCAAAUCCAUGUACGGCUAUGGCCGAUGGCCUCGUAUGUGAGAAACCUGUUGUUAGUCCGAAUCAAAAUGCAAGGCCCUGCAAAAAGCCAUGUUCCUUAAGGACGACGUGUUCAAACUGCACAAGCAGUGGCAUGGAGUGCAUGUGGUGUAGCAGCACAAAGCGAUGUGUUGAUUCAAAUGCCUACAUAAUCUCCUUUCCAUAUGGGCAGUGUCUAGAGUGGCAGACUACCACCUGUUCUCCUCAAAACUGCUCUGGAUUGAGAACAUGUGGACAAUGUUUGGAACACCCAGGAUGUGGAUGGUGCAACGAUCCCAGCAACACAGGCAAAGGCCAUUGUGUCGAAGGGUCUUCAAGGGGGCCAAUGAAGUUGAAUGGGAUACAUUCUACUGAGAUGGUUCUUGACAACAAUCUUUGUCCCAAAGAGAAAAAUUAUGAUUGGUCUUUUAUCCAGUGCCCAGCUUGCCAGUGCAAUGGACAUAGCACCUGUGUUAAUGGUAAUGUUUGUGAUCAGUGCAAAAACCUAACUACAGGAAAACAGUGUGAAACAUGCAUGCCAGGAUAUUAUGGAGAUCCAACAAAUGGUGGGCAGUGUACAGCUUGCACAUGCAGUGGACAUGCAAAUAUUUGUCACAUGCAAACAGGAAAAUGUUUCUGCACAACUAAAGGGAUCAAAGGAGAUCAAUGUCAACUUUGUGACUCUGAAAACAGAUACCUUGGUAAUCCACUCAGGGGAACAUGCUACUACAGUUUACUGAUUGACUACCAGUUUACCUUCAGCUUAUUACAAGAAGAUGAUCGCCAUCACACUGCCAUAAACUUCAUUGCAAAUCCUGAACAGUCAAACAAAAAUUUGGACAUAUCAAUUAAUGCAUCAAACAACUUUAACCUGAAUAUCACGUGGUCAAUUGGCUCUACAGCUGGAACGAUAUCAGGAGAAGAGAUUCCUGUAGUUUCAAGGGCUAAUAUAAAGGAAUACAGAGAUAGUUUUUCCUGUGAAAAAUUCAACUUUCGGAGCAACCCAAAUAUCACUUUCUAUGUAUACGUCAGCAACUUUUCAUGGCCAAUCAAAAUACAGAUCGCAUUUUCACAACACAAUACCAUCAUGGACCUGGUACAGUUUUUUGUUACCUUCUUCAGCUGUUUCUUGUCGCUGUUGCUGGUCGCUGCUGUGGUCUGGAAAAUCAAACAAACCUGCUGGGCUUCUCGACGAAGAGAGCAACUUAUGCGGGAGCGGCAGCAGAUGGCCAGCCGUCCCUUUGCUUCUGUGGACGUAGCACUUGAAGUAGGAGCUGAGAAAACAGACUUUCUACGAGGGCCAUUAGAGGGUUCUCCAAAGCCAAUUGCCAUUGAGCCUUGCUCAGGAAACAAAGCAGCAGUACUUACGGUGUUUUUAUGCCUGCCAAGAGGAUCAUCAGGAGUCCCACCACCUGGUCAGUCAGAUUCAGCCCCUCUUAACUUCUUCCUCCACCCCACCAUCAACACAGGUAUGUCCCAAACACUAACACGGUGCAGCAUAGGCAGCGUCAAAGGGGGAGCAGUACUGGGGGGGAGGGGCAGAUGCCUCCUCCUAAACCAAGGAGCUUGUCACACACACACACACACACUGCUGGAUACCCGUCAUUAAAAUGUACUGUUAUUUUCUUCCACCUAGAAAUAUACUUCUGUGCCCAUUUAUUUUCCUGAUGCCACCACUGAAGUGCAGGAAAGCAGGACUGAAGCCUGAAAUGUGGCUAUUACUAUAGGAUGGAAUGGGACAGCCCCCGUAUCCAAUGCUGCCACUGAGGUCUGAAGAGCCCUAAGUUUGCUUCUCUGAAUCUCAGUGCUCCAACCUUCAUUUACCUCCAUAUUGGGCAGCUCACGCUUUGGCUGAUUUCAACUUCCCUUUUUUCAGUCUGCUUCAGCCAUGCAGUUAAUUAAAGUUUAUCCCCUCUUCCAUCAACGUCUCGCAUCAGCUGACGCUUUGGACCUUCAUAGGAGAACUUUAUCCUACCUUUUCAGGGCUGACUAGAAAAUGCAAUAUUCUCUGAAAAAGUAUCUAUGGCUCAUUUUUCUGUCCAUUCUUAUUUUAUUUUUGGUCCCUUUCCCUCCCUUCCAAGAACUUGUUCUCGCAGUGCACUCUUCCUGAGUUAAUGUCACUCCUCCUGAUUUCCUCUGGCCAGAUUAUUUAUUCUGUCUUGUUUGCCUCUUUGUUCUCUGUCUCAUGUAGGUGUAGAAAGUUGGUUGGUGGUGGUGUGGUGAUUGCCAUUAUUCUAUUAAAAUGAAGUUCCAGUAUUUUAAUUUCAUUUACAGCAUAACCUUAUGCAUGUCUUCUCUGAAACGAGUUAAGUUUUCAAAUGAAACCUUCAAAUUUGCAACAGUCCAACCUGCUAUGUUGUUUAGUCGUUUAGUCGUGUCCGACUCUUCGUGACCCCAUGGACCAUAGCACGCCAGGCACUCCUGUCUUGCACUGCCUCCUGCAGUUUGGUUAACCUAUAGUGAGGUUUUUAAGUCAAAGCAAUGGGCUAUAACUUAAAAGUAAACGGCUUCUUUUUUAUAACUCUCAUAGUUAUAUGGAUUGUGCAGAGUUUUCAACUGUGACAACUACAAUAGAAGACAGACUUUUUCAGGAAGGUUUUAGUCUCUAGAACGUCUUUCUUGUUCUUCUUUGCAUCAGUGAAUUUCACUGUUCCAGUUCAGAGAAUGUAUAUCUCAUGAUAUAUAGAUAUAUAAUAGAUACACACACACACACACACACACACACACACACACACACACACACUAUCAACCUAAAAAUGGUUAUUAUUAUCUCCUAAAUCCAAUGACAUUCUUUUAUGUUUUCCCACUACUGGGGCUGAUCCAGGAAUCUACACAGAUUCACAUCUAAAAGAAAGAAGGCCAGUAAGUAGCGGAUAUUUCUCCUAAGUGCCUCACAGCAUAAAACAUAUUCUUGCCGAUUUCAAACACUAAUUAAAACCUUUGAGCCAUUCACUGUUCUCUUGAUGUGCAUUGAGUAAUGUCCAUCAAUACUAACUGCCAAAGUCUAUGUUCAGCAGAUCAGAUCCCAUUUUUUUAAAAUUCAAUAUUACACAUCCUAAGAACACAUUAUCACUCUUUUAAAAUAUAGCAGAGUAUCAGAACCAAGCCAGAAAUGAAAUUCUUCCCCAUUUGAUAAAGAGUUAUAGAUUAAAUGGGGAAAUAACUUGAAGUAGCUUUCUUGCUUUUUAGAAAUGAUCAGAUGAGAAGUUGUUAUUUUAACACAGCUGUCCUCUUGGACAUACAGGAGUUAUUCAGUAAUGAAAGGCAAUUGGGAGAUUUGACAGGUCUGUUCUUGAAACAGAGUCCUAUGAGACCAGCCUUUGGAGGCAGAGGUAAAAGAAGAAAUUGGUUUACCCAAAGAUCUCUAGAUAUAGGAUCUACAUUCUCAAGGAAGUCUGACUGCCGGUGUUAGGGUAAACUUAAGACACCUGUAGGCUGAAGUCUAACAAAAUAAAAAUAAAAACUCUUCCUGACUUUUCACUGUAUUCUCUAAUUACCUAGGAGAACACUUUGUAUACUUAGUGAAAGUACUUACUACUUCUUGUUGUUGUAACCCUCGUCUUCAGCAUUGGAGCAUCCCAACAAAUGGAUUGCAGGCCAGCAGUUGGGGUUUAGUGUGGGAGCUCUAGGAUAAAAUCAGAGGCAUCAGCCGAUUGCUUGACAACACUGCCACAUGCUUAGUAUCCAACAGAAAUGGCUUUUCUCAACAGUUGGCUUUUUAGUGUAGCUUACCAGGAUAAUACCCAACCAUCCCAACUAGAUGACACUGGAAUCUUCCAGCAACACAUUUAUUUUAAAACUUCUAGAGUGGCUGAUAACAAUGUAAUAAAAGCAAGAAACAUAUUAGCAAUAAAUAAAAACCAGCAGAGAACAGUUGCUAAAAACAACCAUGCAAUUCUGCAUAUUAACCUAAUAAAGCUGUCGGAACUGAUUCCUGUUCUGCACAAUUGUGCCUCCACACGUGCUGUUCCAUCCAGCCUUUCUCUAGCUGCCUCCACAGCAUCUGAGGUGCAGCAGGUAAUUUACUGGGAAGACAGCUUUUAGUGGGGUGCCUUAGUUUCAGAAUGUUUGCCCUGGAGGGGCUUACUUGGCAUUCACUCUUCCCAGGGCUGGUCCUUUUUUAGCUUUCUAAAAAAUGUUUUUAUUUUGAUGCUGUAUUUAUAAUUGUUCUUACUUUUAAGAUUAUCAAUGCAUUAGCUUUUUGUGGUGUUCUUCAGAUUUCAUUAUAAAGCUGCUCUGAUGAUAUAUGUGAAGGGUUGGUUAUAAUUCUAAAUACUGUAGUUAAUAAACUGUGACAAUCAACACUCAACCAGUUACUCUGAGUUGAGAUGAAUCAGAAGCUAUUCUGUUCCUUACAUAAUAGUCACAAUAGAGAAUACUGUAUGUUAACUGCUAUGUUUACACCAGAAUGCUUCUUGUUAACUUGUGAAAACAUGCAACUUAAGUAUCAACCACUGGAGCUGGGAAUUGUGAAUUCAUUCAGCAGAAAUUAGAGGGUGAUAAGAAAUGGAGGGAACAGAUGGAUUCUGUCACAAUAGCAUAUUAUUUUUAAAAUAUUGUGGGCAUCUCUAUUAAAAUCCAUAUAAAACUGUUUGACUUAUUUCACAUGUGUACUGACUUAUUUCAGUACUAGGACUGGUACCAUUUACCUAGUUUUUUGCACCAAAUUCCUCAAUGAAGCCACUCUUGUAAGGGCUAGCUCAAAUACACAGGCAACUCACACAGUUGCUUGAAGCACCUAUAUAGUUGGUACACCAGCAAAUCCAUGUGCAGUUGGAUAACUGAACUGCAGGAUUCUUUCAGUGUCACAGAAGAUGUCUAUCUUGGAUCAUGUGUGCGUAUUUGAAAAAGAGCAUUUCCCAGAACCUGGCAAGCUGAGUUCAGAGAUUGUAGAGGAGGCCUUGCUGUUAUAGCACCCUUGGCUCUCCCAGCAGUGACAUCCCUGUAGAGAUUUUGCAGUUUUUGCACACUCAGGUGAUAGCUUCAGAUCUAUUUGUUAUGCAGGCCUUUGAAUCGUAGCUGGAGUGACCCCACAAAUCAGCACCACUGAUUGCUGUAUGCUGUUGAUUACUGUACUGCAGAGGUUCACAAACUGAGUUCUGCAUGCUUCAUUCAGGCAGUCUGCAGCAUGUCUGUAAAAUACCAUUAAAAAUCAUACAGCUGUAUUACAAUUGCUACGUAACAGGUAAAAAAAAUAGUAAGUGGUCUGCCAAGACCCUCAGCAAUUUUCAAGUGGUCCAGUUGGGAUAGGAGGAUGUUUGGGAAACACUGCUGUAGAUUGUGGUUUUAACUUUGUUUUUAAUGUUGUAUUUUAUGGAUGUUGCUAGCUGCCGUGGGUUCUGAUGUGAGGGAGGAUGCAGUACAAGAAAUGUUAUAAUAAUAGUAAUGAUACAGGAUCCAGAGGCUUUGAUCCCAGCAACUUCAGCAGCACUAAAAUAGGCUCCUUGGGAAAAUUAUUGCAUACCCAACCCUAUCAACCCCAGAACCACUAAGAAUUAGAACUAAGAUACUCGAACAAUUACAUUUUUAAAGGAUUUGAAUAAAAAGCAUUUGAUAUAUGGACCCAGUCCAGUGUAUGACAUAGAUUUAAAGAAACAUCACUGGUAAGAGAACAUGCCAUGAAUAUAUAGAAGGAACUGUUAGCUUGAAAGCAUUUAUCUUCCUAAUAAAGAAAUACAUUUAUCUUUCUGGGACAAGAACAUAAUACCAAUUCACAAAUAAAAACUUCUUGCUUUAGUUUCCUUGGUUUGUCCCCUGUGAUUCAAGUAUGAUAAAUAUUUCAGCUUUUCAUGUCAAGUUGCAAGACACUUUCAUAGUUAGAAUAAAAAGCUCAUUCAUUAUACUCAGCCUGCUUACACAAUAACCCAUCUGUAGUCCGAACAUGUAGUUUUUCUCAUUGUGGAAUCAUUCAUGCUCAUCUUCAACAUGCUACUUUCAAUCUAGAUUGAUUCUAGAUCCUACCAUCCACAAGAGUGGGUAUGGUUACUUGAUAAAAAUUUGAAAACCCUACCCUUCAUUAGAUUAUCCGUGCCUUUUCCUUCCUGCGUAUGCCUCAGGUGAAUGAAGGAAGUGCUGACUGCAAUCUUAGCAUACAUCUACCCACAAUAUCAUUGGUGUGGAUACACUCCAAUGGAGGCUGGGGAAACCUACACCUACCUAAUGGGGACUUAGGUCAUGUGAGUAGUGGCGAGGUCACAUGGGCAGCUCCUAGGACAGGGUGGUCAAACACAUGGCCCAAGGGAGUGUACCAUAGCUGUCAAGUUUUGCCUUUUCUCGCGAGGAAGCCUAUUCAGCAUAAGGGAAUUUCCCUUUAAAAAGGGGAGAACUUGAUGGCUAUGGAGUGUAUGUAGCCCACGAGGCCUUUUUUGGCAGCCCUUGGCAACAUGUAGAGACCACGGAGGGGGAAGCCCAAGUAGUCUCCAUUGAUUCUAGAAAAAAAAAGUUAAAUGUACACAACCUCUGAGUGCUUUUUAGGCCUAUUUUCCUGAUUGUUUAAGGGCUGGGCUGAUAUUCAUUUAAGAUUUUGUAUUUGGACACAAACGCCUCAUGACAAGUACUGCAUGAAAGGUGCAUGCAUGUAAACAUUUGUCCUGAAUUUACAACUUUAUACAGAUAAACGUGCGGAAGGGAUUGUGAUUGUACCUGCUGGUCUCUCUCCCUAAACUGUCAACUCAUGUAAACUCUCUGAAUUCAAUGUGUAUAUACAGCUCCAUUUUGUCAACAUACAGUUUGCACAUUCAAAGCACAUGUACUUUUGGGUGUACUUUUGGGUGUAUAAGUGUAGAUGUCUGUGCUGAUGGGCCAUUGAACAUGCAUACGUCAGGGCUAGGUCAGAAAACAUGCUCCUGGCCACCACCAUACAUUCAUCUAUGCAUAGCAUUAUAUGAUUGCAAAGGGCUUCAGCCUAAGGUUAUUGGGAAAUAAGUAUUAUUUACUAACUAUACACAUAAUGGAUGAACAUCACUUGAGGAUUCAUAAAAUUGUAUGCAGGUACAACAUGUGAAUUAAGCAAAAAAUUUCGAACCAUAAUGACCAGAAAGUACCAUUAUCUUUGAGCUGGGACAAGAGAAAAUAAAUCAGUUUUAUUUUCAUUCAACAUUUUGAAUAUGUGAGGUUAUAUGCUAACCUACAGUAUUUAUUAUCAUCACCAUCAAGCACAUCUCUCUCCUUUGUAUACUUGGACUAAUAAGGGAUUGAAAGACUGCAGUAGUGCAAAUGAGAAGUCUAAAAAAAGAAGCAUUAAAGUUGAAAUCUCAUUUAAAUUAGGACACUAUUUGAAAUGCUAAGCAGAGAAUGUUUUUUCGCCUUCCCAAGAGCGUUGGUUGUGUAAUAUAUUGUCAAAUCAAUAUCUCCUGAAAAUAAUUCUUAAAGCAAACAUUCCAUCACCAAUGCAAACUGCUCUUAAACACUGAAUUGUUCACACCCAAUUAUUUUCAGAUUUGUAUGCUUUAUUGCUGCCUAGAAAAGCACAUGGACUAGAAUGGACAAUGUGAGGGGUAUGAGUAGAGGACCCUUUGAAAAAAUGGAUUAUUGCAAUCUCAAGCAAAGGGCCAGUUCAUAAAAUGCUUUCUGUCUUUUUCAUCACUACUGCCAGUUAUCAAUUCAUGAGCUAAGAUCAAAUACUCCUAGCAAAUGAAUCUUUAAGAUUGUGGAAAUUGCUGUAGCAGAGAGGAGCCAUGAGCUGUUGGCUCAGAAGUUGUUAGUUCAUCACGUUUGCAAGCCACUCUUAUAUGUGAAGAAAGCAGCUAGAACAGGGGUCAGCAAACUUUUUCAGCAGGGUGCCAGUCCACUGUCCCUCAGACCUUUUGAGGGGGCCGGACUAUAUUUUGAAGGAGAAAAUUGAAUGAAUUCCUAUGCCCCUCAAAUAACCCAGAGAUACAUUUUAAAUAAAAUGACACAUUCUACUCAUGGGCCGGAUUUAGAAGGCGAUUGGGCCAGAUUCAGCCCCUGGGCCUUAGUUAGCCUACCCAUGAGCUAUAAGGACCCAAAAUAUCAUCUUAAAUCACAUUGCUAGUGAUUAUAUGAGUGUCUUCCUGGUCAAUAUAAAGGUACUACAGAUCAUCAAUUAGAUAUCUGACUACCAAGUAAUGGUAACAAAAAACCAGGCUGUGCAACAGGAAGUCCCUUAUUAAUGAAAUGGUCUUUGCAGGUUAGAGCUUUCAUUAGCUAUUUUAACAAUCAUUGAGUUGGAUCCAGAGUUGAACAUAGUUGCAACAGAAAUCAGUGGAACUUAUUUUAAGUUGUCCCAUUGAUUUCAAAACUGUACUUUUGUAGUACGUGCAAACCAGCACAAAUGACUGCCCCAUCCCCUUUAUACCCUGAGCUCAGUACGCAGAUCAGAAUCAUGUCAUUCUCUCCCUCCUUCACCUUCCUGCUAGUGACCUAGUGAAGUCAACACUAUGUGUGUGGUAGGGCUAUGGGAAGUUACUGUAAAAAGGGAAAUGGAGCAAACAGGUAUUUCCACCAAUCAACAAAAUAUUCCUUUUGCUUUCUGACAAGGGUUAUAGCAUUAUCCAUGCUGGAUCAAAGCAGAUGUGGUAAUAAGGGGGGAAAGUUAUCCUGUGAAUAGAAACACUAAUCUGUGCUCAGACUUACAACUUUAUACAAACAAGAUAGUAAUGCAAUUAAUGGGGGGCAGGGAGAGAACUUUAGAAAACUUUUCUUGGACAUGAAGGUAUAUGGUUGAUGUAAAUGGGUCAGAGGUAAUUUUAUAACUUGAAAUUACAAAUAAAACUGGACAUCAAUUAUAUAUCUAGAAGAAAAAUCCAGUUUUG